AUGGGUUAUGAUAGUUAUCAGGAUCACCCAACUAAAUAUUUAUAUCUUCGGCCACUUACUUCAAAGCAAGCUACCGAAGUUGCACACGAACUUUUAAAAUUUUUUUUGGAACAAGGAGCACGUCAAAUACUUUGGUCUGAUAAUGGGCUAGAAUUUACGGCGAAAAUAAUUGAAGAAUUGGCAGAAUUGUGGCCUGAAUGUAAAAAAGUACAUGGCCGACCACGGUGUGCCAGAGUCAUGUGA